AUGAGUUCCCAGUUUGCAAGAAGUAAUGUUAACUCCAACCACAUUAGGAAAAGAAAUCAUUCUCCAGACCCAAUAGGAAUUGAUAAUUAUAAAAGAAAAAGACUAAUUAUAGACUUAGAAAACCUAUCCCUAGAUGAUAAAGGACCCAAAAACGGACAUGCAGAUGACUGCAAUCUUAUUCAUAACAAUAUAGCAUUCACAGAUGCUAUCGAUGAUAAGGUCCUGAAAGAGAUCAUCAAAUGUUCAACAGGUAAACGCGGCGAUAAUGCGUCGUUUUAUGACAAAAUAUGGGAACGUUUGAGAGAGAAAAGAUUACAAAUAAUAAAAUGGGUAGAUUAUAAGGAAAUUGCUUAUCUAAGCUGGUGGAGGUGGUUCCAUGAUCAAUUAGCUUCGAAGUACACUUAUGAUGGAGGGGCUGAUACCGACAUUGAAAUGUUGGCAGUGGAUACUGAUGUGGAUAUGGACGCUUAG